AUGUUAACUAACACUACGCAUAAAAAAAACCUAGCUUUAAUGAAAAAUAAAAUAAAUAAAGUCACACAUAAAAUACAACAAAAAGACCCGCUUACACUUUUAAAAUAAUUGCACAUAAGGUCACAAACACAAUGGAUAAUUCACCAAUAACAUUUACAAGUUUGGCUCUAUGCGUGCUACUGAUGGCGAUGGUUGUAAUGUUCAUAUGCCACUGUUUGGGUCCCCGCACAAAUUCAUGGAUGCGUUCCAAUAAAGAAGAAAAAAUUGGUUUGUCAAAAAAUAAACUUUUUCAUGCAAAUGGUUAUAUGAUUCAUUCGGGGUCAGAUUUCUUACUUAGUACGAGUGGCAGUUUUAAGCGUUUUGACACAGUUGACAAAGAUGAUCAUAACUACAGCGGUCCACCAUUACAAACAACACCACUAUGGAAUUUGCCUCAAACUGAUUGCAACAUACCACCACAACCUUUGCGUCCUGCACCAGCACCAGGUAGUACCAAAACAGUUACCUUUUCGUUGCAUGAAGUCAAUGAAAUCACUUCACCAUUGGAAAAUAAUCUGAGACGUAGCAACACUUUGGUUUCAUGUAUGCGUAGUAGUGUUAAUAAAAAUUCUAGUUCGAAAAUUCUACAGCCAAUUGAUGCACCUCCUCCCCCAAGACUAUCCUCUUCCUCUUCUAUGCUAUGUGCUACCGCUAUUCCAAGGCCAAUAACUAAAAGACAAAUAUCAUUACAAAAUACUAUUUGUUUAAAUGAUGAAAAUAUGACUAAACCACACCACAAGGAAAAUUCAGUUUCAAGUAACGAAGAACAGCAACAACAAUCUAGAACAUUAAAACGUCAUAACUCAAGCACAAAUCCCUUUCUUUGUGAAUCUCUCGAGAGCUUACCCGAAAAAUAUGAACCAAGCACUGCCUUACAAAUGCACAAAAACUAUUACUCUAAUAACAACAAUAACAAAAGCAAUGGGAACUCUAAAGAUGCAAAUGUUAAUGCUGUGAAUUGCGUUAACACAAAAAAUGAUAAUCUGUCUACGAACGGCAGCAAUAAUCCUUUUCACGACAACUCGAACUGUGUCUUUAGCCAACUUGAUGUAAUAGCCCCAGUAGCAGCUGAUAUCAAUAACGCAAGCAAAAUACAAUCUACCACUGUUGAUAAUUUGCGACCAGAAAUGAAUUCGCAGCAACAAAAAAUGUUUAAUUUCAAAAAUUCGGUAAAUCCUUUAGUUACCGCUAAAAAAAUAUUUAAAAAUCCCCAACAGUUUCGUAACCGGUCUUUUUCCGAAUCGGAAGCUUCACCUGAAACGACGGAUGUAAAGACACUUUCAAGUAAAUUAGCGACUGCAGGACUACGGAAACCGAGCAACACUACAAAUCCAUUCACAGGACUUUCACAAAAAGUAAAAGGACCACACAUGUUGCAAAAGACCAUCUCCGAAGAUUUUCUUUUCCGAAAAUUGGGUGUAAAUCAUGUACUUAAUGGCGGCGCAACAUCUGGUGGAACAUGGAGCUUUGGACGUGGGUUAAUGAGACAGAACUCAGCAAGCAAUUUGGGUCAACGCAAUAAUUCACAAUGUUCACUUGACUCAAUUGCGCUCGGAUCUAUUGAUGGUAUCAAUUUGGAACAUGCAAUUUCUUGCGAUUCUGUAAAUUCGGAUUCAUCUUUGUUUCUUCCCGACUUGGACCAGCCAUACACCCAAAUUACGGGCUAUUUAUGUAUCGGAUUGCAGUAUGAUAAAAAUUCUCCUACCGAAGACGGUAUGGAUCUCACAGUACAAGUCCUGGAAGCAAAAGGACUUAUAUGUCCCCUUAAUGUUGAAUCUUUAGAUACAUUUGUACGCAUCUAUUUAGUUCCGGAUCAAGCAGGAGCUAUGCAAACAAAAGUAUUUAAAAACUCCGGAACUCCACAUUAUAAUGAAGCCUUCAAUUUUUGGCUAAAAAGGCAAUAUAGGCGCCAUUCUCUAUGGUUUCAUUUAUAUCACAAUGGAGACGCACAUACUCUUAUAGGUGAAGCAGAAAUGGAAAUGACUGAAUUGCCUCGACCAAUAACAACAUGGAUUCCAUUAUCAGAUUCCCGGAAAUGUGAUGCUAAGUGGGGAGAAUUAAUGAUUUCUUUAAGCUAUUUACCGACUGCUGAAAGAUUAACCAUUGUUGUUGUAAAAGCCAGAAAUCUCAAACUUAAAAUGGACGGCUCCGAAAAUGGUUCAGGAGCACCACAAGAAGUGCAAAAUGUUUUUGUUAAGGUUUAUUUGAUGAACAACGAAAAAAAAGUUCUCAAAAAACGCACUUCGAUUAAGAGAACUGGUCGCAAUAUUAUUUUUAAUGAAUCUGUGAUCUUCAGUUUACCGCCACAAAGCUUGACUACUGUGCAAUUGCGUCUAACAGUUUUUGGAAUAGUUGGAAGUACAAUAGUGCCAUUGGGACAUGUAAUAGCUGGCAGCUGUUCCACAGGCAAAGGUCUACGGCAUUGGCAUCAAAUGCUCUCGUCACUACGAAAACCUGUCGCUAUGUGGCACAUUUUACGACGUGCGACAAAUCAACCCAUUUUUACUGGUGGUGCCGAGGCUGUUGUUGCAGCAUUGCAAAGCAAAGUUUUGCGAGCAAAACGAAACAGCAUCAUUUAAAUUCAAAUUCGCAAUGUAUUAAUCUUGAGUAUGAGUCGAAUAUGUCAUAUGUAUAUCAUAGGUUGUAAUUACUGUAUAGUGCUAUUGUUAUACAGUUUGCUUUUGGUAUUGAAAACAAAUUUAUGUUUUAGGGAAUUUUUAAA